AACAAAAACAGUCGGGCUACUAUGGUCCAUUUUCUUAUAUUUUAAAACAGAAAAAGUUGUGAAUUAUUCACCCAUUAUAGGCGUCAUUGUUAGUAAAUGCAAAUAUUUUCGAGGAAUUAUUAACCUAUCUGAAAUUUUCUGCAUCGAUUUCGGUUGCCUUUCAGAGCUUUCUGCAGACCAACUCAGUUUUUAAUCUCUUUGGAGAUACGCCCGUAUAGGUUUAAUCAAUCAACUAGGCCAUUUGACUUGCUAUCCAGGAUGCUAACCGGAACUCUGAGCAGGGUGGAAGACUGGGAUCCAGGAUCAUCCGUAUUGAGUAGAUGCUUUCAUCGAGGAUCUGCAUCAAAUAAUACAGGAGAAAGUAAGGGGGGAGAGUGAUCCUUAUACCUCUCUCUUAGCAUUAUUGACUGAUAAUGAUUAUUUUCUGUGGCCGCUUUAAUUUGUAUUGAUAAUUGUUGUUAGCUAUGCCAAUCUAAGUAACGGUAUUUUUGUCUCUUUAGGGUGUAGGAAAAAAUGAAAAUUAGAGGGCUUAGAGUCAUAGAUUCAACGAAUGACUUAGGAAUUAUAUUGUGUCUGAAAUUCAAAUGGACUUAAGUUACCUCUGGUAAUUCUAUCAAGUUGAUUAUGGUGGCCAAUAUUUUUGGAUGUAUUUGAAUGAGGAUUGCUUUGUUUAUCUGUUCUAACUUUAAUCUUGAGUAAUGCAGUCCAUUAUUACAUGACAUAUACUUUGAUCAGCUGUGGAGGGCUUUUACCUUUGCAUGCAAGACAAGCAGAUUGCAGUAGUGAGUGGUUUUAGUAAAAGUAUUUGGGACUGAAAGAAACACAUUAAUCUGGGGUGAUGGAGGGGGAAAGUAAUUCGAGCCUGUUUGCCAAUGAUGGCUCCUUCUUAGAAAGGUUUAAGCAACUUCAACAGCAACAGCAACAGCAGCAGCAGCAACAGGAUAAAGAACAGACGUCUUCACAAUCUUCUAAAACAGAUGUUUCAUCAGAAUCUGCUGAUGCCCCAAAAACUAGUAUGGUGAUUAAAAAGGCUUCUACUUUCAAACCAGUUGUUCUUUCAAAGGCUGGUGCUACUCCUGCAAAUGGGAAACUUGCUUUUAGUCUGAAGCAGAAAUCAAAACUAGCAGCUGCGCCGGUUAAGCUGGGUGGUGAUGAAGAAGAUGAAGAUUACAGCGAAGAUGCAAAAGGUCAAUCAGGUAGAGCUGAGAAGAGACAAAAAUUGGAGAGGUCUGAUAACUCUGAAAAUUCUCAUGAUGCACAGCAAAAUGCACCACCUACACCUCCUAAUGAUCCAGAAGUAAAGAAAGUUGCUGAUAAGUUAGCGUGCUUUGUGGCCAAAAAUGGUAGACAAUUUGAAAAUAUUACAAGGCAGAAGAAUCCCGGUGAUACACCUUUCAGGUUCUUGUUUGAUUUUCACUGUGCUGACUACAAGUACUAUGAGUAUCGUGUUGCCAAAGAAGAGAGAGCCCUUGCACAGUCAAAUGAGCCCCAGAAUUCUUAUAAUGCUAGUACAAGCACUGUAUCAUCUCCACAGCCUAAUAUGCAAAAAAGAACUCAUCAAGGGGGGAAAUAUCAAACUCCAGCUUCUGCGCUGUAUGAUGGCAGGGGUGAAGGCAACUCGGGAGAACGUAGUGCUGAGCCACCAUCCUCAGCAGAUCCAGUGGCAAUGAUGGAAUAUUAUAUGAAAAAAGCUGCACAGGAGGAGCGCCGGAGACCACCCAAGAAGACAAAGGAUGAAAUGCCACCUCCACCAUCACUUCAAGGUCCCCCUAAAAAAGGUCACCACAUGGGUGACUACAUUCCUAAUGAAGAGUUGGAGAAAUUUUUAGCAGCCUGCAAUGAUGCUGCUGCCCUGAAAGCCAAUAAGGAAGCAACAGAGAGGGCCAAAAUACAAGCAGAUAAUGUUGGUCAUAGGUUGUUAUCCAAGAUGGGCUGGAAAGAAGGUGAGGGACUUGGUAGUGGGAAGACAGGUCGUGCAGAUCCUGUUGAGGCAGGUAAUGUGAAAUUGAACAACCUAGGUGUUGGAGCAUCACAACCUGGAGAAGUGACGCCAGAGGAUGAUAUCUAUGAACAAUACAAGAAACGGAUGAUGCUUGGAUACCGUUACAGGCCCAAUCCUCUUAACAAUCCAAGAAAGGCUUAUUACUAGUGUCAAGGCUUGAUGCAGGAUUAAUGUUUUGGCGGGGCAAAACUAUUUGAUUGCUCUGUGUGACCUGUUUGUAUGGCUUGAUAAAAAGUCUUAACAUCUGUUUGGGUUCCUGAAGGCUGGCCAUAUUUUGGCUGCUGCUUUGGUUGCUACAUUACUCUUGUUAGAUGUAAACCUUAUGAAAUACUCGAAUCAAAAUUGAAUGGUUUUACCUUGUGUCACUAGGAUAUGUAUAUAAUAUUUGGCAUAUUCUUUUUGACAUUAAGGCUGUACAAUGAAAUCUUUGAAUCCUUACAGGAAUUUCGUUUCCAAGUAAAAGAGUUUGGAGCAUUGAGUGUAGUCUA